UAUCCUCAUAAAGUUAAAAUUUAUGCCAAGCUGAAAACCUAAAUUUUUACUUCAAGAAUAAAAAAAUCAUCACUUUUUCAAACAUCCACCUCUCAAACUCUCUCUAAUCUCUCCCAAAUUCCCAUACACAUGACGAUUUAGUCCAUCCAAAAACCAUCUCAAAUAUGUGUUCUCAGCUACCCAUAAUACCCUUCUCCUUGUUCUUGUUCUUGUUUCCCAUCAUCAUUCAAGUGGUUAAAUCUGCACCAGAUAACACCAAUUUAGUAUACAAAGGAUGUGCAAAGCAAUCUUUACAAGAUCCCAAUGGAGUUUACUCCUCUGCCCUUUCCGCCAUUUUCGGGACACUGAUUCAACAGUCGUCAAAAGCAAUGUUCUUCAAGACGACAAGUGGCAGUGGUCAAGCAUCAAUCACCGGUCUUUUUCAAUGUAGAGGCGAUCUAACAAAUCUCGAUUGCUAUAACUGUGUGAGCAGACUCCCAAUCUUGAUGGACAAGCUCUGUGGGAAAACAGUGGCUGCAAGACUCCAGCUUUUGGGUUGUUAUAUGCUUUAUGAAGUCGCCGGAUUCUCUCAAAUCUCCGGAAUGGAAUUGCUUUACAAGACGUGUGGGGAAACAAACGCUGGUGGAAUUGGGUUUGAAGAGAAGAGGGAUUCUGCUUUGGGAAGUUUGGAAAGUGGGAUUGGGAGUGGAAACGGUGGAUUUUAUACGACGAAUUAUGAAUCGAUUUAUGUUUUGGGGCAAUGUGAAGGUGAUUUAGGAAGUUCUGAUUGUGGAGAUUGUGUUAAAAGUGCUGUUCAGAGAUCUCAAGUUGAAUGUGGGAGCUCCAUUUCUGGACAAAUUUAUCUUCAUAAAUGCUUCAUUAGUUACAGUUAUUACCCUAAUGGAAUCCCGAAUCCCAAGAAAUCGUCAUCUUCAUCAUCGUCGUCGUCAUCAUCGUCUUCUUCAUAUUCUUCAUCAUCUUCAUCACCUUCUUCAUCAUCAUCUUCGUCUUCUUCAUAUUCUUCACCAUAUUCUUCUUCUUCAUCGUCAUCAGAUACGGGAUCAAAUACAGGGAAAACGAUAGCGAUUAUCUUGGGAGGGGCAGCAGGAGUUGGAUUCUUGGUGAUAUGUUUAUUGUUUGCUAAAAAUCUAGCAAAGAAAAAUGAUGAUUAUUGAAAGGAUGAUAUAGAGUUGUUCAAAGAACAAAGAUCAAAAUUUUGAGGUAAAAUAGGCUGGAUCAUGUUUUGUGACAUAUCACAAUAAUUCUUACAAAACUUUUCACCGAAUCAUGAGAAUCUCACAUCUCACAACAAUGAAUACGUAAAGAAGCCACGGAGUCACGGACAAGUAUAAAAUCUUCAGGCAAGUUUUGCGGGAUGUGCUUUCCAAAAAGUAAAU